ACACUAUAUCGAAACCAGCCCUUAAAUACCAAUUUGAAUUCAUCGUUUCUCUCUCCUCCUUCCCUACCGUUCAAUCUUACUUUUUUAUUAUAAAUCUAACCAUCGUCCAUCUUUUCCGCAUCUUUUGACCGUUUUUCACUUCGACACGUCAAAUUUAAAUCCAUCACCACCCUUACAUCCACUUUAUAAACUUUCAUAAUGAGUCUUACCUCCUUCGUCAUCCUUGCUACGGCUAUUGCUGGUGCUGCUGCCCAGGGUGUCAUGGUCAACACCCCUACCUCUGUGGUUCAGUGCUUACCUGUUCAGCUCAGUUGGUCUGGUGGUCAAGCUCCUUACUUUUUGUCACUUAUCCCUGGUGGCCAACCAACUGGUACUCCUCUUGAAGACCUCGGUCAACAAACUGGUACCAGCUUCUCAUGGAAAGCCGAUUUACCUGCCAACACUGACGUUACGGUCCAAAUCCGUGACAGUGCUGGUGUCUUGAACUACUCUGAUAAGUUUACCGUCCAGAAAGCUCCCUCUGGAGUUACCUGUACCUCCGGUACUGGUACUGGCACUGCUACUUCCCCCGUUACGACGGGGACUGCUUCGGCUCCCUCUUCCACUAGCCCGACUACCCCAACCACCCCAACCACCCCAACCACUGGAUCAACCACCGGAUCAACCACCGGAUCAACCACUGGAGGCUCAUCGACCACUAACACUACUAGCACCACACCCAAGACCUCUCCUGGCACAACUACGCCUGUUGCUGGCACUAACACCACUGGUUCUUCAGCCAGCACUGAUGCUAAGAGUGAAGCCUCCCGCUCCGCUGCUGGAAUCAUGGCUGUUGCCGUUGCUGCUGCCGUCGCUGUCUUUGCAUGAGAAGUUGGAUUUUACCUUCAACUUGCUGUCUCCUAGUGUGCCGCUUCGCUUCAUGUUUUGAGAACUCGCAGUCAUCUCUUUACUUGGAGCGGAUGUGAUCUGAUGCUACUUGGAUACAUCCUCGUUGUAAUUGAUUUUUAUUCUGUUUGAUCUUCUCUUAUAAUUUUGUUCCUGGAAGUGAAUAAACAAUGGACCCUUUGUUUCGAUUCUGCUUGGUAAUCAAAAUUUCACCAGGAACUUGUUAUUGAGAUCACUUCUCCUCACUUGCGUUGUUGAUGGUACUGAGUCGUGUCAAGUUUCAUUUCUUUCCACCCGUUGAAUUCGAUUUAGACUGAGUAGCAAUUUAUUCUUUUGAUUUACCUUUUCCCUUCACGAUAAUGACCUGUUCAUUGAUCC